AGCCUGCGUGUAAUCCAGUGCAUUACCUGUUCUCAGCUUUCACAUAUUUGCUUGCAAGCUGCCUGUUGCAUUUUGCAGAAGAGCCACUGAGCAGCAGGAAGAGAAAAGGCAAAAGCAAAUAACAGCUGGUUUUAAGAGAAGAGAGGACUUCCACUGAACCGAACGGAAACAGGCGUUUCCAGCUGCUCGGGGAGUGGAUGAAGCCCCUGCUACAGGCACAUUAAGACCGGAGCUGAAAAAAUACUGGAGUGAAAAGAUAAUGGAGGUCUACAACUACUCCGAAGAUGACUAUGACUAUGGAAAUAUUUCGGAUAUCGACUACAGCUCGUAUAGCUCAGAGCCUAGCUCAUCACACGACACAGAGGAAAUUAGGAUCCUUUCGGUUGUAAUCUAUACUGUCACCUGCCUGCUGGGGAUCGUGGGGAAUGGUCUGGUCAUUGCAAUCAUAAUUUUCAAGAUGAAGAAGUCUGUCAAUGCCAUUUGGUUUCUCAACCUGGCAGCUGCUGACUUUCUCUUCAGCGUCUUCCUGCCCUUAAAUAUUGCCUACACAGCUAUGAAGUACAACUGGAUAUUUGGCACAGCCAUGUGCAAGCUGAACUCCUACCUCUUGAACCUCAACAUGUACACCAGCGUGUUUUUGCUAACCACGAUCAGCAUCGACCGCUACCUGUUAGUGUUUUUCCCCAUCUGGUCCCAAAACCAUCGAACCCCCAAGCUGGCAUGUCUGGUUUGCUUCAUCAUGUGGACAAUCGGCUUCAUGAUGAGUUCCCCAUCCCUGAUUUUCCGGGACACUGAGCAUGUCGGCCAAAAUGUGGUUUGUUUUAGCAACUUCUCUUUGUCCAGUAAUAAGUCUUAUUACUCUCUGGGUGUGAUGAGGCACAAGAUGGUGACUGUCACUAAGUUUCUGACAGGGUUCGUCAUUCCCAUCACCAUCAUCACACUCUGUUAUAUCCGCAUUGUCUGCAAGCUGAAAAACAGCCGCCUCACCAAAUCCAAAAAGCCCUUCAAGAUCAUUGUCACCAUCAUUGUGACUUUCUUCCUCUGCUGGAGCCCCUACCAUAUCCUGCACUUCCUGGAAAUGCAGCCCCACAAAAUCUCCUUCUCAGUAUUAGAAGUUGGCAUACCCAUCACCACGGCACUUGCUACUUUCAACAGUUGCAUGAAUCCUGUCCUUUAUGUCUUCAUGGGCCAGGACUUUAAAAAAUUCAAGAUAAGUGUCUUCUCCAGACUGGUGAAUGCCCUAAGUGAAGACACUGCUCACUCCAGUCUUGUACACAGGAGCUUCUCUAAGACGGUGUCGAUGACCGAGAAGGAAACUAUACUGCUCUAAUCCCUACCUCAGACGCUUUUGGCACCCAAAACACAGACUCUUUUCAGUAUUUCCUAUGGGGAAGAGGCAACUGCACUGAGAUCUAGGAGUGUGUCCUGAGCUCUGGUUUCAGAAGAUGUUUCAGGGGACCUUAAGAAAGCGCCUGUAUUUUCUUGAUGUAAUCUGUAUAUUAACCCAAUUUUGUGGCCUUACUGCAUCUGAUAAAGUAACAUCAAUUUUCAGCAGAGAUCCUCUAGUUUGGAGAGCCAGCAAAUCAGUGCUCUUGGUCAUGAAACACUGGGCAAACCACUGGGUAUUUUAUAUGCAGACUCAGUGCUUACGAUGGAAGGUCUUCAUGUGCCUUUUCCUCCUCCUUCCACACUUUCUUUCUCACGCCUCCCAAACUGCUUGAGAGAAGGAGAUCGUUGCUUUAAGUCAGACCGAGUCCAAACCUCAGAUAAGGAUUUGGCAUCUGGACCUUUGUGGUCAAGACGCCUUUCCACCUUGCAUAUCGCUGACUGCUGGACUAGCUCAUUCAGUCAGUCUCUUACUGGACAGAGAGAAGUUGCCAAAUCAAAGCCAUAAAAACGGUCCAUCCUUGCACUUCACUCUGUGCUCCUGGUGAUUGUACACAUGCACACACAGUUGUGUAUAUGUAUAAAUCUCCCUUUGUGCCAACAACUGCGCAGUUUAUAAAUCGCAACCCCAGUUGAGACAAUACCAUCUUAAAUGACUAGAUGACCAGGUCAUGCCGAAGUUUAUGGAGUCCAAGCAAACCACAGAGACUCAUGACCAAGAGAGAGAAACGUGCAGAGCAGAGAAGCCGGGAUUGCUUCUUAAAAUAUGUGUUGGGGAGAAGACCGUGACUUUUAAUGCUUUACUUUGAGAGCAUCUUUUGAAUGCCAACACACCCGGUGGGCUGAAAGGCUGAUUAUCCUAUAAUUGUAAUACAUACUACUUAUCCUGGGGGGGGAAAUCAUGUUAGACAUUGUAUAUAGUGAUGCAUAUAGCUACUUAACCAGUCUCUUGAAGGCACAUAAUAUAUUGGUAGCAGCACAACAGGGUUUUUGGUUGCCUGCAAACACUCCCUACUUCCCGAGUAUACCCAAAAUCAGAGCAGAUAAAGAAAAAAGAGCAAAAGCUGGACAGCCACAGCAUCCGUUCUUAUGACACCCUGCAUGUGUUUCAGGUACACGGCAGCCUGAUUUCUCCUCCAAUGGAAGCCAGCACAGCACAUGGCAACCCUAGUCAGGAAUAAAGUAUCUAAUUAAAAUGAGCCCAAAUGAAAAUCCCAUUAGGGGAGACACUACAUGGUCAUGUUAGAAACGGCAUAUGGUUUUAUUGAAAUGCCUCUAAAAGCCUAAAACAUUUAAUGCCGAAUUAAUCCCCUUCCUGCAGUCUUUUGAAUUCGCUAUUAAUUCUGAGGAACAGAAAACAAAAUCUCCCGAAGGUGCCUGGGCCAUUGUACAAUGCGAAACAAAUUUGCCUCUUGACCCCUGUAGCAAUUGGCUUAAGCUAAGAGGCAAGGGAUUCGUUUUCAAAGGGGGGGUGGACAGCCCUGAUCAGAAGGGUUUAGCUGCAAUGGGUGAGACUCUCAGAUCGAGCGAUGGAAGCGGGGAGACAGAAAUAUGCGCCGGAUUCCAGAUGUCCUCGCAUUUUUUAAAUGGAAAUGAUAGCUUAUUGGCACCAGCAGGCAGCAUAAAGGCUCUUAGAAAGGGGAAAUCUCUUGACCGGACAAAUCAGCUGCCUAAGAGCUGUGUCCUUGAUGUGUUUUAAUCUAUAAAUAGGAUGAGCAGGAAGAGCUGCGUCUCAGAAGUUUUAAAGGUGCAAACAAAGAUCUUCCUGUCCUCAUAAGACAGGAGGUUCAGGAAGGACAGACCCGUUGGGUGGCAGUCUGCUGCGGGCCAACAUGCAGCCCGUGCAAAUGGAGGCUGGAAGGGCCAUUGGGAGCUGAGAGCUGCUUUCUUCCACCCCUUCCACACCCAUUACUCUUCCCUUCCUCCUCAGACAAGUCUAUUGGGAUGGGAUGGGGCACGGCUGACGUGAUGCUACCUGAGAGUGAUGUCUCACCGAGGACUCCCUCCCAGGCCUUUUGGACCAAGCAUCCAGAACGGGCCCAGUCAUCGUGUCGGCAUAUGAGGCUGGCUUUGCUAAACCACAGAGCAGCGGUGGCUGAGCAGGGGUGCCGAACCAUCCAGCGCAGGCAUGUCGGGAUGGUCUAAGAGCACUGGGAGCAAUGCACGCUACGUUGCUCAUGCCUGCUCCUCUGUGCUGCGCCCUGCAUCCUCUGCCAACAGCACCCUGAGCACAGGGAAACCGGAUACCUAUCGCAGAUGCUCCUCUAGGACUAAGGCAUUGCAGUCAGGCACCUUCCCAGUACACGGGAGAGCACAGGGAAGAAGCUCCUUACGUCUCAGUGACCGUCCUCCUGGGCUCUAGUGCCCGUGUCCAUGAGCAUUCAAUGCUGCAGGGCCCAGCAGGAAAGCAGAAUAUCCUCUGGCACCUCCCUCAUGCCUGCCUUUCAGUCACCCUGCGGCUUGAAGACACCGCCUGCUUUUUCACUUCCGUGAUUUCCCAACAGCAAGGCUCCUAAGACAGGUGUCCGGCUCCCCUUGAUUUUCAGAGCACGACGUUCCCGUCAGCCCUAUUGAAUGCCCCAGCUGUAACCUCAGAGAGAAAAUGCAGGGAGGAAUAGAGAUGACUUUGUACAAGGUGUUUAGCAUAAGACAACGCACCUACAAUUUAUACCAGCAUUGAAACACACUGCCUUUGUAUGUCUUCUCAUUAACAAUGAUUAAUUCCA